UGGAACGUUCCUUAAAGCGCUGGGUUUGCCUGAAUUCCACUCAAAACGGCGCUAAAGUUCCCGUUUUUAUAGUGAGCUCAGCACUACGAGUUGCAUUAGGUUGGAGCAGCCCAACCCGAGUCAUUCCGUGCUGUGGUUUAGUGAUUGAAGCCCAGGCCGAGCAAUGACGGAACGCGAAGCGCAUCGCGCUGCUCUUUUAGUCCCUCUCACGCCACCGUAGAGCGCGCCGAGUGUCUAACCGGACUUCCGGGUCACGUGGCGGAAGGAGCUGUUUGUGUCGCAGGCUGAUUGCGUCACUUCCUGGCGGCGGCGGCGCGGGGAGCACUAUGCCCAAGUUUUACUGUGACUAUUGUGACACGUACCUGACCCAUGACUCGCCCUCCGUGAGGAAAACUCACUGCAGCGGCCGAAAGCACAAAGAGAAUGUGAAGGAUUAUUACCAGAAAUGGAUGGAGGAACAAGCCCAGAGCCUGAUCGAUAAAACAAUAGCGGCUGCAUUCCAGCAAGGGAAAAUCCCACCGACCCCAUUCUCAGCGCCACCUCCUGGAGGAGCCAUGAUCCCCCCACCUCCCAGCAUCCCUGGUCCCCCACGGCCUGGCAUGAUGCCGGCCCCUCAUAUGGGUGGACCCCCGAUGAUGCCAAUGAUGGGCCCACCCCCACCAGGAAUGAUGCCAGUUGGACCUGCUCCAGGGAUGAGGCCCCCCAUGGGAGGACACAUGCCAAUGAUGCCAGGGCCACCGAUGAUGAGGCCGCCCUCGAGACCCAUGAUGGUGCCAACCAGGCCAGGGAUGACCCGUCCAGACAGAUAAAGGCCUGGAAUCGUCCAGUUCUUUUUCAUAUGAAGACCUUCCACGUGCUGAAAUGUCGUAGUGCAACAUCCCAAGGGUUUUAUAUGCCAACAGUGUGUAGAUGAGAUCUGCUCUGAUUGCAGACGGUUCGACUCAGAUGCUUGGAGCGAUGCUUGUGUCACCGCUCUGGUUUUUGGUUUCUUUCCCCUGUUGAAAUAAAACAUUGGAGCUGGUUUAUGUAUGAAAA